AUGGCCACACCCCGUGCUGGCUUUCAUCGAGAAUUCGACCCUACUUUUCCAUCCCCGGAUCUAACGGUGUGCUCACUAUGCGGUCUUGAUCCUUGUGACUGGGAUAGUGACAAUCCAUUCGAUUUCCACGCUACUCGAUCACCGGAGUGUCCAUUCGUACGUGCAACACAGCAGAAGAAGAAGCACCGGAAUCAGAAGACUCGCCAGCAAUAUACGAGAAGGUCUCUACAGCCAGUCACUCAGUCAGCUACUCAGCAAGCCACUCAGUCAUCCACUCAGUCAGCCACUCAGCAAGCCACUCAGUCUGAUACUCUACAAGAGGUGGAACUACAACAGGCAAAUGCGGAGAAUACUGCGGAGAACACGGCGGAGAAAUCAAGCGGCAGCAAGGCCUUCAGCAUCAAGAACACGGCUCACCUCUCCACGAUCCCACGGCAUUCUAAUCACUACGAUAUCGAUGCGGAGAACGACACUGCAAUUUGGCCUCUCAUCCCCACUGCACUGAUGUGGUACAUCACUGCAAUGAGCACACAAGAGAAGGAUCUACUGCGUCGAUCACAGCCAAUUGGACCUCUGCAGGCAAGGGUCACCUAUCGGACGAUGCAUAUUUGA